UUUUCAAUCAUUCGUAGAAAUGGCUGAGUUGUUGUCGGUUCCGUUAAAAAAGUCUUCGGACGUUGAUAUAGUUAAGCCGUUGAAAAAUCUUAUUCAAUCGACGUAUAAUUCAGAUAAGGGCACCGAGGACUACAGCGAUGCUCUCAACGAGCUCAGCAGGUUGAGGACCAACGCUAUCUGGAAAGUGUUCGAGAAGUCUUCGCUCGAGGUUAUUUACAGUUACUAUGAUCAGCUCGUGGCUCUUGAGAAGAAGAUACCACCACAGGAGGUGCAAAUCCCAUUCAAAUGGAAAGAUGCUUUUGAUAAAGGCUCAAUAUUUGGAGGGCGGAUGAGUCUUACGAUCAGCUCGCUGGCGUACGAGCGCAUGUGCGUGCUGUUCAACAUGGCGGCGCUGCAGAGCGCGCUGGCGGCGCAGCAGCCGCUCGACACCGAGGACUCCCUCAAGCUGGCCGCCAAACUCUUCCAGCAAGCGGCGGGCAUCUUCACGUACCUCAAGGCGAACGUGAUGCUGGCCGUGCACCAGGAGACCACGCCCGACCUCGCGCCCGACACGCUGGCGGCGCUGGCGCAGCUCAUGCUGGCGCAGGCGCAGGAGGUCAUCGCCUACAAGUGCAUCCGAGACGAGAUGAAGGAGAGCAUGGUGGCCAAGGUGUGCGCGCAGUGCGAGGAGCUGUACACGGACGCGUUGCGCGCGCUGCAGAAGGACGCGCUGAAGCCGCUGUGGGAGCGCGACUGGAUCCCCACGGUGACUGCAAAACAGAUGGCGUUCCGUGGGCUCACUCAAUUUUACCAGAGUUUAGUCUGUCGUGCCAACAAGAGCGUCGGAGAGGAGAUUUCGCGGCUGCAGCUGGCGGUGGAGCUGCUGCGCGGCGCGGCGCGCGCGGGCGCGGCCGGCCCGCUGCAGGAGGCGGGCGCCCGCGCCGCGCGCCACCUGGCCGAGGCCGUCAAGGACAACGACUUCAUCUACCACGAGCGCGUGCCCGACGCGCGCGCGCUCGAGCCCGUGGCGCGCGCGCCCGUGGCCAAGCCGCUGCCGCCGCAGGAGCGCUGGGCGGCCGAGCGCGACCUGUUCGCGAGCCUCGUGCCGCUGGCCGUGCACCAGGCGCAGGCGGCCAGCGCGGCGCGCUGCGGCGAGCUGGCGGCGGCCGAGGUGGCGCGCCUGCGCGAGGCCACGCAGCUGCUCAACGGCGUGCUGGCGUCGCUGAACCUGCCGGCGUGCGUGGAGGCGGCGGGCGACGGCGCGCUGCCCGCCUCCAUCCGCGCCAAGGCGGCCGACGUGCGCGCGGCCGGCGGCCUGCCCGAGCUGCAGCGGCUCAUGGCCGAGCUGCCGGAGCUGCUGCAGCGCAACCGCGACAUCCUGGACGAGGCGGAGCGGCUGCUGCGCGAGGAGGAGGAGGCGGACGACGCGCUGCGGCGCCAGUUCGCCGAGCGCUGGGCGCGCACGCCCUCGGCCAAGCUCACGGACGCCUUCCGCGCCAACGCCGCCAAGUACCGCCAGAUCAUCGACAACGCCGUGCGCGCCGACAACAUCGUGCAGCAGAAGUACCAGCAGCACCGCGAGAACAUAGCGCUGCUGAGCGGCAGCGAGGACGGCAUCACGGCGGGCGUGCCCGACGCGCCCGCGGGCGCCGGCGCCGACACCGACGCCGCCGCCACGCUGCGCGAGCUCAUGCGCGAGGUGGAGGAGCUGAAGGCGGAGCGCGACGCGACGGAGGCGGAGCUGAAGGCGGCGUCGGUGGACCUGCGCGCGCAGUUCGAGGCGGCGCUGGCGGCGGACGGCGCGGUGGACGAGCCGGCGCUGUCGGCGGGCGCGCUGGGCGCGGCGCUGGCCCCGCUGCGGGAGCGCGUGGGCGCGUCGCUGGCGCGGCAGGAGGCGCUGGCGGCGCGCGUGCAGGCGGCGCACGCGGCCUGGGCGGGCGCGGGCCGCGCGACGGGCCGCGACGAGGCGCUGGGCCGCCUGUGCGCCGCCUACGACGCCUUCCGCGACCUCACCGGCAACCUCAACGAGGGCGUCAAGUUCUACAACGACCUCACGCAGCUGCUGGUGGCGUUCCAGAACAAGGUGUCGGACUUCUGCUUCGCGCGCAAGACCGAGAAGGAGGAGCUGCUCAAGGACCUCACGCAGGAGGCGUCGCGCGCCUCGCCGCGGCCCGCGCCCGCGCCGCCGCAGCACCACGCCGCCGCCGACGAGCCCGCCGCCGUCCGCCNGGAGGCGCCGCCGCGCCCGCCGCCGCCCGCGCCCGCCGCCGCCGCCGCCACCUCACCCGCCGCCGCCGCGCUGCCCUACCCGACUCAGCCGCAAGGCAUGCCGCUGCCGUACGGCGCGCCGGCGGCGCCCUACCCGUACUACGCGGCGCCGCUGCCCGCCAUGUACAACCCCUACGCCACGCUGCCCUACCCGCACCACGCGCCGCGCAUGCCGCCCGCGCACCAAUACCAGCCCUACCAGUACCCGCAGCAGCCGGGCGGCGCCGGCUACCCGCAGCCGCCGCCCGCCGGCUACAACCCCUACGCGCCGCACCAGCAGUAGGCGUGACACGUGGCCGCCUCCGCCCACCAGCGUCGAUUUGGCAUUCUUAUUUACGACUAUUGAUAUAUCGAUCGGAUAAGCGCUUAGAUCUAAGGAAUGUGAGAUGAUGCGUGCGUCUCUUAUCGUUGUGAAGUACGUCUCCGCUUCUCGGAGUUAAUUGUUGUUCGAAAGGCGAUUCCGCUUGUAGGCGUCCCGUGGGCGCGCAGGAGACGAUAUUAGACUUGUUUACAUCGUUUUGGUGCGACUUUGUUAUGGUUUUGCUGUGUUGUUUAUGCAUUUUUAUGUAAGGCUCAAACGAAGUUCAUUGAUUUCAUGCAGGGAAUGGGUCUGAAAACGUUUUCAUUGAGACGAUAAUUGCUGAGAGAAUUAAUUUAGUAGAACUUUUAUCAAAAUAUUUUGUGCUUUAAUUUUCUGUAACGUAAUAAUUUUAUACUUUUUGACUUGAGAUCUUUAAUUGUUAUAGUCGGUGAACUGUGAUUACCUGCCUUGAAUCUUGGAUCGUUGAAUCAAUUUUGUUAUUUACUGGCCUCCCCACUAUGCAUACUAACAUGCACGAUAUAGAGAACUAGUGAAGGCACACAAUUUAUAAAAACAAAUGUUAUGUAAAAUUAACCAUUUUAAUAGUAUAGGGUAUUAUUUUUAUAUUUAGUUAACUUAUGCGAACCAUAUUUUAUAGUAUCCAAUGAAAUGAUAAAUUAGGAAAUAAAUAUAUUUUUUAAA